AUGCUGGACAUCAUUUAUCUUGAUUUCAGUACGGCUUUUGAUAAGGUUGUAUGUGAUAUUCUUAUUGACAGUUUGGUAAAAUGUGAUUUAGAUCCUAUUACUGUAAGGUGGAUUGAAAUAAAAGAUAGAGUGGAUGUGACAUGGUACUUGAAAACCUCACAGCUAGCACUGGCUUUAGCUGUAAUCCGCUCAAAGCCACCCGAUCAAAGUAGCAAAGAAUAUACAGAGCACCUGGCCAAGAUUGUAUCUGGACUGGAUUCCAAGUGGAAGUCAAAAGCUGAGGCAUUGGAAGCUGAAGUUCUUCGUUUAAGGCAACAGCUGAGCCAACUUUCUUCAGGACUUUGUUUGGAAAAUAGAAAUUCAACUGUCAUAGGUGCAACAGUGCUAUCUACCAAUUCAGAAGACUGUGCAGACCAUUUUGAAGAUUCUGGAUGUGAUGUUUCAAGUAUCUGUAUUCCUGAUACAGUAGAGACCUUGCCUACAUCCACCCCAAGUGAAUGUGGUAGCAACAGUUGUACAUCUGUUGUUCUAUCAAGCGUGCAUCCACUAUUGCCUCCUUGCCAUGCCUUUGGGACAGAUUACUUGGUUGCUCACAUGCAGUUCCUGCAGCGUUUCCUUGAAGUAAAAAAACUGACAGACACUGGAGGCCUGAGAACAGAUUUGAAAAAUCUUGGAAUUGAUUGCUCCAAAAUAUCAGAUUCUCUCUCUCAAUUAGUUGAUGGCUUGGUUGCUUCAUAUAGCCUUCCUGAACUCCCUUUUUCAGUUUUUCUGAAGCAGACCAUUUUUGUCAUCACGAAGUUAUUAAAUGAUGCCGACUUAUCUCGUCAGAUUGUGGCAAAGUGUUUCAGACAGUUGGAGGAAUCUAUAAAAAGGCUGGUAGCAAUUGUUCUGAACAACACUAAUCUCAAUCGAUUUCAGGUGCAAGAUUCCAUAUCCCAUGCCCUAGUGUCACUGGGUAAAUGCAGCCCAUUAAGGAACUCCACAAUAUCCUUGCUUUUCAGAGAAGUCAAUCGAUUUGCACAUGAGUUGCAGCAUACCAAUGAGGUUCAAGCCAAGUAUGCUAUUCAGUAUGAAAAUAUUUUCUUUCUGUGUAGAGUUUUGGAACAGCUUCUUCAAAGAGGGACGGGACAAGAAAAUGCUGCUAGUUCAGUCAGCGAUGAAGACGAGAAAAAUAAGUUUCUGAAGAACCUUGAUCAAAUUAUUUUUCACCUCUCAGAUGAGUUCCCCUUGUUCUGUAUUUAUUUGUGGCGCCUAGGUACUCUUUUGAAUGCAGCACAAAUACAAACUGAUGGUGAAAGAAAUUGGCCUGCUUCAGAGUAAUAAAUUAUUGUUAAUAAAUUAAAGAGAAAGAGCCAAGCAGUAACUGUGUUCACACAGAAAGUAUAUCACUACAAUGAGCAUGAAAUACUGUUGCAACAGUGAUUAUGCAGUUUUCUUUUUUGGCAUCAAAGAUUGCUUGAGAAGGUCUAAGCAGUUUCAUGGUGUCAGGAGUGUGUUUGCAUGGCAGGACCCUGAGUAAAGUUUGUUUUUAAUAUGAUAUUUGAAAUAAACAAAAUUAUCUCUGACAUUAAAAUUUAAAACAGUAAUUAAAAUAUAGUGUAAUGAGUUGCACAAAAUUAAGAUCUAAACGGUGAAAAGUUUUGCACAUUAGCUUGAUACAGCAACCAUUUAAAUAUGCAGUUAAGUUUUUAAUAUUCCUCGCAGUUAUUUUGAGUGUGUUGGUUUUUCACUGGAGUACUCAAACUUUUUCAGGAAAAAGAUUUGAACAAUUUGCAACUGGAAAGUACUCAAUAACUAUUACAGUAGACCUAUGUUAAUGUGACUAUUCAAUAGAUAGGUAGCUUGGCAAGUGGACUUACUUAGAAACUGCAAUCCUAGGUGGGAAGGUACCUAAAUAUGUCCCCUUGAAACCUGUCGGAGUUACAAAUAUAUAAUAGGACUGUUGUUGAAGAACCCAUGUCUUCUGUUUACUCUAGGACCCCCUGGGAAGUAACAUAUAUUUCUUCAGUCCUCUUGCAGUCAGCAGCAGAUGGCAACAGUAAUUGCUCAAUAAAGCUGUUGUAAUUUCUUAUUUUCCCAUCCAUCCACUUCAACUAUGUUAAUAACACUGAAAACAAAGAAUUUGAUACCGUGUUUGUUUCCACCAUAGUCAUGCUCCCUCCUCCACCCUUCUAUUCUGCUGCAUAGUGAUAAUUCUUCCUGUGGGGUAGAACCACCCAUCCUCCAAGGAGCCUUCUUCCACUGAAAAACCACUUCAGUUGGAGGAAGGCUUCAGACUUUUCUCAGUGGAGUGGUAGUGGUAGUGGUAGGAUGGGGCAGGAUCCACCCCCCAUGAUUUCAGUUGUAACUUUUUGGUACAGCUGCUGCAUAGGUUGGUCCAGUUACUGCGGGGAGGAUUUCCAAAAGGUUGGUCCAGCACAGAAAUUUUCAUUAGAAGGAACCAUGUUGCACAGUUUCUUCACUCAAAUAUUAAUUAAGCAGCCUGAGAGAAUGUUUCGCUGCUGUGAUAACGCAUAAACUGACUCUCAGUGUCUGUGAAGCCAUCACGAAACUGUCCAAAAUUAUUGGGACUUUCUUUUAGAACACAUUGUUCUCUGACUUAGUUUAACAUGUUGAUGCCUAGUUUAAAGUUGUUUUUCAAGAGAGUGUAUGUAAGUUGAGGGUGAUUAGUCCUAGUUUUAUUUUAUUUUUUUAACCAAUGUAAUUUUUGUACAUCUUUUUCAGACUAACUCUUAAUGUAAGCUGUUGCUUGUGUUGCAGUCUAUUUUCAGUUAUUGGUUCUCUUUAUAAUGAUUUAUUCUGUCAUAUUUGUGUUGUACACCACUGUGGAUACCACUGGUUGGUGGAGAAUUGCAGUUUAUAAUUUUGAAAAUAAAUAUAUUCAGUCAAAUUUCACACGUUUUCAUUUACACCAGGUACUAUUUUAACAGCUUUGCAUGCAUAUAUGUGUACAGGGAUUCACCACUAUGAACUGUUUUUUAUCUCUGUGUAGGAAAAAACUAGCUCUUACCUGACCAUCAGCCACUGAAUUGUGCAUUAUAUGUUUGUAUACAUGCAAGAAUGAAUUAAGCCUUUGAAUAGGCAUUUGUUGAUACAUAAUUCAGGAUUUUAAGUGUAACCUUGUAUUGGUCUUAAAUGCACUGAAAUACCAUCCAGAAGUACUGUAGAUGCCCAUGCACCUUAAU